AUGUCAACCCCUGACCCAUUGUCCAAAGAUGACAAUCACUCAGGUACAUGGCAUGGCGUGCACCCAUCCAGCAUUAGAGCACCACAACAAAUCGCUAAACCUAACAAGACCCUCUACCUCUUUACCUCUCUGGGUUGUGAAGCUCUCCUGAGCCAGGAUGCCGUUGCUGCAGCCAGGGCAUGCACAAUUCACCCCACCAACUUCUCCUCAGAUGUCAAUGUUGUAAAGAUCAACCUUUACAACAUCCCAGCUUGCGAAGCUACCAAUCUGCGCAAGCCUCUCAAGGCUGCCAUGACACUGUAUGGCAAGGUCAUCUACAUCCAUGCCUACACUGACCAUCAUGGCCAAUUCUGUGAUGAGGCCGCAGCAGAUCGUUCGAUUCUCCCAUGGACAUUCGUUCCAAGGUCAUGCCCUCCCAGUGCUGCUACUGUUGCAUGGAAGGCUACUGAAUCUCGUCCUGCUCCAUUUGCCCUCCCCAUUGUUGUUGCUGUUGCAAAACUGGCUGCUGCCAAAGCUCAUGCUGCUGCAAAGAAAGAUGAUGCCAAUGAAGGCCAGGAGGCCAACCUUAGUGCUGAAGACAACACUACCCUACCACAGCCACCAGCUACUCCUGUCACUGGUGCCAAUAUCAAGGAUGACGCCAUGAUACCUGAUGUUGAGACACCUGACGCCUCUGCUGCCAACAGCACCACUGCCUUGACCGCCACCACGAUUAAGGACUCAUGGAUCAAGACCAAGAUCGUUUCUGGGGACAUUGAUGUCAUUAUGGGUGAUCCAACUGGUACCUCCACCAACUCCACACAGCAACACAUCAUCUCAAUGAAUGAGGGAUCUAUUCAUAUUGGGACCCUCAACAUUAGAGGUCUUGUAAGUACCCUUUCUACUCCUUCUUCCCCCAAAUCUCUUCUUUGUUGUUAUCUUCGCUCUCUUUGCCCUCCCCUCUCUCUUCUCGCCCUCCAAGAGACUCAUACUUUCCCUGAACACAAACAAUCCCUCAAUAUUCUUUUCCAGACCCAGUCUAGUCUUUGGACGAAACAUUGUGGCCUGGUCUCUUUCAAUCUGCUUUUGCUACUCACCUUGCUUUCUGUCUUGAAUGAUGAACGAGUCCUAUCAGUUCUUGUCUCACAUUCUUAUAAUUGCAUUGAUCCCUUCAUCCUAGUCAUCAUGUAUGACGCCAUCACAGCUCCCAAUGCAUUGCUACUCCCCACCUUCUACAAUGGCCAUCAAUACACAUACAUUGAUUUUAUUUUUCGCUCUCCAGCCCUGACCACCACUUCACCUGAAAUCAUUUUCCUUAACCUGACAUGGACCGACCAUAGCCUCUUGACCAUAUCACUCACACUACAGCGUCCUUCAGGACGAGGGGCUGUUGAUUACCUGGAUGCCACGGAAUCCGCUGCCUCUCAAUGGGAUAUGCUCAAACAGGUAAUCAAGAACUUCAUGAUGGCAUAUGCCAAACAAUUCGUCUGCUGGUGCAAGACAGUUGAGCAUUCCUUGUGCAGUGAAUGGCAACGCCUACUCUGCAAUCCUUUGCUCCCUGGUUUAACCAAAACUGAAGCCAGAAUCACCCAACUCCAGGAAUCCAAGACAGCCAAUUUGGCACAACGAGCCAGCGUGCGAUAG